CCUGGGAAGGGCUGUGCGGCUGGCGGCGGUCACGUGGCUCGCCGUGUUCCACAUUUAGAUUUCAGCAUUUCCUCAUCGGGCGCUCCUUAACCCUAACGCCAGGGGCCAAACCAACCGCGACAUUAUUAACUAAGUUAUUUAUUUAACUAUUAUUAUUAUUUUGUCCAGGCUCUUUUAAUAAUAACGAGUUGGCGAGUGAAUCCCUCCUCUCCUCUCCUCUCCUCAACCAGGUAUUUUUAAGCUAUUCUUAAUUUAGCCUGUUUCGGGGCCGUUAUUGGAAAGCAAUCAAGUUCGAGUUCCAUUAAUAGGAUAUAGAGCAACGGUUGCAUUUGCGCUUCUCCAGUCCGGCAGUGGAUCCCAGGGAUCCCAGGGAUAAUAUAUGGCUAGCACAGCACCUACAUGGUUUACUCAACUGAUGGAAUGCAGGGGAGGAGUUCCACCCUGGCAUUGCUCAUUCGCUAUCAUCGUGAUGAAACUGAACCCUCGGGACGAAAUUCAUUGCAGAGACGAAUAUCGUGCCAUAUUGUGAACAGGGCCAAGACACCUUGCUUACAUUACACAUUAUUAUUACACCUUCCUUGACUGAUGGCUGGAAACCUCGUCCCGGCAAAUUCAAGUGAAGACGGUAAUGAUAUCGGUACAGCUGAGUUUAGGCAAACCAGGUCGAUCCUUAAUGAUGUGGCUUAUUAGGAAGGGUAAGGCGCAAACCUCUAGCCGGCGAACAACUUGGCGAGUUUCUCUAGAGUAAGUUUACUGGCUGGAGCCCUAGAUUUGAAAUAUCUUUCUUCAUUUUUAGAGAGUAAGGCUUUGGGAUGUCACAAAACUGUAUAUAAUCCGUCGCCUUCCCUUUAGUUUUGAUUCGGGAUUUUCCUUUUCCUCCAUAAUGGCAGCCAUUGCAGAAAUAAGAAUGUCGCUCUCACGUAAUCCUUCAGCCGGCCCUAUGACGAAAUCAAGCGUUUCUCGCAAGAGGCAUGCCGCUUGUGAUGAAUGUAGACAGCGGAAGUUGAAAUGCUCUGGCGAAGCCGGCGGCUGUAGUCGAUGCGUGAAGCAGAACCUAUACUGCCAUUACUCUAUCCAGAAACCGAUGGGCCGCCCGCCAAAGUCCAGGGUGCGACAGGAAGAUGCACAUACCGCAGUUAUUGCACCACAAUUUCCUGAUUAUUCACGAUUUGUUCCUGGGAUGGUACAGGCGCCGCUAGUCCCUGGAGCUGCCAUGGACACUCCAUAUACCUCAUAUAUGAUGUCACCAAGCCUAAGUGUCUCUAGCAACCCGAUGUACGGGGAACAGGGUGACGGACAGGCUUCCAUCCAAGUACCAUCUUCGCCUUAUCCAACACCACCAUCUUACUCGCACUCCUCCAGCAUCGACGUGUUCACCCCACCAACGACGUCAACUCCUUUCCCGCUAGGUUCGGUCCCCGUAACAAGCCCUGAAGUGUAUCGGCAAGUACAACCUCUCGCGCCAUGCUCAUGUGUCUCCUAUAUGUAUCUAUGUCUCAACUCUCUGUCCACGAUCACUUGCUUUCCGCCCUCAUCGCAAACCUUAUCUACGCUUUACAACGCAGCACGUAAUGCCAGAGGGGUCAUAUACUGUGAAAUAUGCCCCCAGGCCUUCCACAGCUCCGUGCAGAAUCUGAUGAUACUUGGAAGCCUUCUCAACGUGAUCGGGGACACCUGGUUCAAGAUCUCGCAAAUGGACGCGGAGCAAUUGGGUAGAGACGUUCUCUGCCCAUCCUUCAUUGCCUCUCUACCUUCAGACCCCGGCGAGCGACAGCGGCGGUGGAAGCGAUGGCUGCGCCAUGUUGUCAGGCAUGCAGUAAUCGGCUGCGCUGUUACUCCUAUGGUUGAUUCUGUUCAAGAGGAGAGCGCAGAAAGCCCUAGCCUGCUCGCUCUGAUCGAGGAGCUGGAGACUAGGCAGCGGUUGUGGCACGCCCAGCCCAGACCCCCGUCUGCGUGCCGAGGGGGAACAGGAGCGGGAGCGGGAGUGUUCAGGACGAGCGGUGACCAGCCCGCAGGUGAGGCUGACCGACAGCAAGAUGCCGAAUAUUGGUGUACCCGCACAGCAGGUACAGCCAGGCAGGUGAUAGAGCGGUUUGAGUUCAGUGACGAAGAGAUGAUGGGAUGAUUUUGUGCUUUCGUGGUUUUUCUCUCUUACUUUACUUUCUAUUUGUUUUCCUUCAUAUUACUUUAUUCUGGGCAUUUAUUUCUCUUGCUUCUGAGCUCCUGCUACGAAAGAUUAUUGGUAGAUAGGCAUUUCCUGGGCAUUUGAUGUUUUCUUGUUUCUCUUCUUCUUUGCUCUUUUUUUCUUUCCUUUAUCCAUUUCCCUCCGAGCUUUUCUUACCUGAUAACCCGCCAAAAACAUAGACGGCAUGCGUAUGUUUUCUUUUGUUCGCGUUUUCCUCUUCCCUCGUCUACCCUUGGUUUUCAGAAGGAUCUUCUGUAGCUAUUUUCUCCCUACCUUGACGUACAUACAGUUAGUAAGUGACCUUUGCAUCGUGUGCAACCUAGCGAAUCUAUAAAUCUACUUUGCCAUGGAACUUUAGCCACAUAAUUUAU